AUGUUUCUUAUUCUUAUCUUUAAUUUACCUUAUUUCAUUUUUGCUCAUAUUGGUUAUUCAACAAAAAGUUAUUGUUUAGAUGGAAUUGAAAGAGAUAAACUUAUUCUUGAAUGUCGUGAUAAUGAAUUAAUAAAAUUAGGUCGUAUUAUAUAUGGUUAUUCAUGGUCAAAUGAUUGUUCUUAUAUUGAUAAAGAUUGUACUAUGGAUUUACCAUCUGAAGAUAUUAUUUGUUCAACAACAUCAAAUUGUACAGUUCGAGUUGUUCAACAUCCAUUAAUUUUACAAGAUUGUUGGAAUUUAGCUGCAUCUUAUGUUCAAGCUGAAUAUGAAUGUGUUCAAGAUUAUUCUUUAAAAAAUAUUUGUGAAUCUCAAGAUAUAAUAUUAACGGAUGGUUUUAUUUCAACACCUAAUUAUCCAAAUGGAUUUUUAUCAAAUUUAAAUUGUUUAUGUACAUUAGUUGCAUCAUCAAAUAAUUCAAUUGUUCUUGAAAUAAUUAAUUUUAAUUUACCAAUAUGUAGUGAAGCUGGUCUUCUUUUAUGGAUUGGAGAAGAUUUUCAAACAAAAUGUCUUACACAAGAUCCAAUAACACUUAUUAGUAAUUAUCAACAAAAUAUAACAUUUAGAUUUUAUACAUUCAAAAAUCAAAAACAAGGAGGAUUUUUAAUGAAAUAUUAUCUUUUACCUCAAUCAAAUAAUGCAACUCUUAGAUUACAAUGUCAUCUUACAUCAUCAACUAAUCGAUCGAUAAUAUCAAAUCAUUUUUUAACAUAUAAAUCUUCUCGACGAAAUUCAAAUCAAUAUGAAAAAGAAUUAUCUCUAACUCAUUCAAAUGAUUUAAUAAAACGAUUUCGAUCUUCUCCAUCGAUUAUCGAACCUUAUACUGAUAUUUUACCUAUUCAUAAACAACAACAAUUACCAAUUUUUAAUCAAUCAACAUAUAGACAAUAUUUCUUACCGAAUUCUACACCAUUUUCUCGUUCAAAUAUUAAUUUAAUAAUAAUAUUUAUUAUUUCAAUAGUUGUCUUUCUGAUUGUGAUUAAUGUUCUCGUUUGGUUUAUGUGUUCUUUACGAUUAAAAAGUUGUAAAUCAACAUCAUCUGUUCAAAAUUUAUAUUCUCAUAAAAUGAAUUUAAAUAAUGAAGUAAAAAGAUCAUUAAAUAAAGAAUUUUCUCAUGAAACAAAUCGUUUAAAAAGUCUUCAUUCAUUAUUAUAUGUUGAUCAUAAAGCUGUUGAUAUAAAUCCAAUAAAAACAAAUAUUAAUCGUGAUCUUGAUUCAUCUUUAUCAGAAUAUAAUUUACCUUCAAAUUCAUCUCCAACAAAUUUUAAUCAUGCCUUUAUUAUUAAAUCUAAAUCAAGUGAAACACUUCAAGAACCAAGACAAAUUAAUUCAUGGGAUGAUAUUUAA